AUGGACCAAUUACAAGGUUGUUUGGGAGAGGUUUUGCAACAGAAAAGGUAUUUACUUGUGCUGGAUGAUGUGUGGAAUGAAGAUCAACACAAGUGGACAGAUAUGAGGGAGUUGCUGAUGAAUUGUUCCAGAGGUAGUAAAAUUGUUGUCACUACACGUAGUAAGAUGGUUGCUUUGAUUACUGGAACAGUUCCGCCUUAUUAUUUGAGAGGCCUUGGGCAGGACAAUUUGUUUCCUAAUCUAGUAGAAAUAGGAAAAGAAAUUGUGAAAAAGUGUGGAGGAGUGCCUUUGGCUGUGAAAACCUUGGGAAGGUUGUUGUACAUGAAAACAGACAAGAACGAAUGGUUGCAGAUAAGAGACAAUGAGAUAUGGGAAAUCGAACAGAAUAAAUCUGACAUCUUACCAAUAUUGAGGUUGAGCUAUGAACAGAUGCCAUCACAUCUAAGACAGUGCUUUGCCUAUUGCCCCAUGUUACCCAAAGGUCAAGAAAUUCCGAGGGAGGAUUUUAUCAAUCGCUGGGCUCAAGGAUUUAUCCAGAGUUCAAACAGAAACAGGAAGUUGGAAGAUAUCGGUAAUCAGUACUUUGAUGAGUUGCUAUCAAGGUUUUGCUUCCUAGAUGUGGUACAAGCUUUUGAUGGAGAAAUAUUGGCUUGUAAGAUACACAAUCUUGUGCAUGAUCUUGCACAGUCAGUAUCAGGUGCAGAGUGCUUAAAUGUGAAACCCAAUGCUUUCGUGGUUUCUGAGAGAGUUCGCCACUUAUUCUUCCAUGCAGAAGAUAUGUCUAGGAAAUACUUCCCCAGAUUUUUGCUUCCUUUGCAUAAGCCAGAACUGGUGCAGCAUUUUACUGCACUUCGGUUGUUGCGUAUCUACGAAUGCCCAAGUUUAUGUUCUCUUCCAAGCAGUAUUAGAUAUCUUACUUCACUUGAAAAGCUAUGGAUCUGGAACUGUGAAGAACUUGAUUUGAUUGAUAGAGAAGGAAUGUCAGGCCUAACAAGUCUUCAAUCCUUGCUUCUAAUGGGGCUUCCUACGUUGGUGACUCUACCAUUGGAACUCAAAGAUACCGCUCCUACAACAUUGAAGUACUUCAGAAUCGCCGAUUGUCCCUACCUGGUGGAGCUUCCAGAGUGGCUGCCGAAUUGCUCCUCACUUCAGAGACUGUAUAUAGAGGAUUGUCCUGUUUUGGCAUCGAUACCUCAAGGAAUCUACAACCACAAUGCCAACGUCCAUAUAAUCGACUGUCCAUUGCUAGGUGGAUGA